CACACGCUGUGACGAGAUCUCCUAUCAAUACUAUCAUCACUGUCAUUGCCACACCAAUCACACUGAUAACACUGUGAGUGAUAGUGACAUGCUUGACAAAGAAAGUUUGUCUUAAACAAAGGAAACGGAAGGGGUGCUCAUUUUGAUAUGUGAUCAUGUGAGAUCGUCAGGCUAUAAUAUUAGUUUUGAUCAGAUCAUCAUGUCACAAUUAUGAUGACAGUAUUGACAGUGACAGUUGAAUAACUGUGUCUUUUUGAAGUAGAAUCUAUAGUUUUUAGUGUUGACUAAAGUCAAAGUAAGAUUUACUGGCUUCUUACCUGAGGCCUGAGAUAGAAUUGCUGUCUAUUUCUCAAUCCAGGCUCAAGGAUUUGUAAAAUUCUGGUUUUUAUUUACGAAUUUAACACUGAGUGACUUCAGCAACAUCGUCUUCAAGUAAAGAUGUCACAGUCUCUGGUAUUGUUGUCAUCAUGUAUCAUGUUGUUCUUCGUGUCAACUGUCAUGUCAUCGUAUGAAGUUUGGCCCCAGCCCCACAGAAAGUAUAAUGGUCGCCCACCUACUGGAGCACCCUAUUGCCAAGCUGGCGUGAUUCCUUUUUGCCCCACCGGCCUCCGUCCAAACUACAUGCCCACUGUGAAGCCUGAUGAUGAGUUGAUUGUUUAUGCCAUGAAGGCCCCUGUUUGGGAGUUCAAAUUUGGUUCUCUGCUGGAGAAGUUUCAUAUCAUGCAUGAUGCUAUCGGUUUUCACCAUGUGCAGUCUGGUCUCAACCUGACCAUGGAGUGGUAUGAGUUGUUCCAGCUGUUUAACUGCACGUUCCCCCACGAGCCAAAGGCAGGUACUCUACGUUGGUGCAAUCAGGGUGCAACAUGUAUUUACAUGGGCAUUGAUGCCAAGCAUUGGAAAGAGAAUGGUACCCUUGCCCAAGUUGCUGAAAUCAGUGGUGAUGUCUUUAACAAGUUUGCUAACUGGACUGAGACUGAUAACAGCACAUAUCCUUUUUACGAGACGUGGACUGUCAGAGAAAAAGCAGGAAACAAUACUGUUUGGUUCAACCCUUUUGACUGUGCAUCAUGGGUUCUACGUGCAUUUGAAAAGAUGCACGAGUUCGGCGCUGAGUUCAACCAAUUUGUUCAUCUAAACUAUACAAAAAUCAGCCUGAUCAGUGGAGAACCACAGUAUGUCGGCAAUUCCUCAACCAUUUACGAGGAUCCUGACACUCUCAAAAAGCUGAUUCAAUUCUACUCAAACUUUCAGCACUAUGACAACUACUUCACAAUGCUAGAGAACUUACUCUUGUUCAUUAUGAAAUUCGUGGUAGACGACACGUUUUACUUGUUCUACAAUGAUCAGUACUGGAAGCUGCCCCUUAAGUCCCCCUAUAUUGAGCUGACCUAUGAUGAAGUUCCAUUGCCCUCAUGAGGAAACUUAUGCUAAUCCGCUAUUAUCAUUGUAGCUUGGAAGUGAUUUUUUUAUCUUUGAUUUGUAUUCCAAAUUCUUGUUGAUUUGAUUUUUACUAUUUGUUGCCAAAGCUUUUUAACCAUAUAUAUAUGCAUGAUUUGCACUCUUUACUUGUGAUUAUGAUAAAAAGAUACUUUGUUUAAUAACAACUCUAGAACGCUGGACUUUUGUCUGAUCACAAAAACAGAAGAAACUCCUCUGUAUCUUACACUUAAUUAUAGUGUUGAAGUUAAAGUCUUUUUCUUGGUGCUUUCACUUCCUCAGCAUAUGAGUAGGUCUAUAUUGAUCACCCUGUUGCACUUCUAAAGGCGAAUCUUGUGUUUUUGAUCCUGCACCUUUUUCCUGCAAAAUUUUUAUACCCUGUUAUUCUAUUACUGGCGUUUGAAGAGGGGUGGAAAACACCAAUGUGUUGAAUGUGAUAAGCAUUGAUUUAAACAAAAAAUAGCUGGUUGCUGUUUAUAGUUGAAACUCAUGAAACAGCACAUUCAUAUUGCUUGCUCACUCUGUGAUUCAACGACUAUAACAAUCAAGCUGUCAAAAAUUUAGCUUUUUCUAUUGUUUGUUUUAAAAAAUUGUAUACGAUAACUGGAAUUAUGUGCUCUUUGGGCAUAUGAAGUUAUAUACAUUGGUAUAACUACUGAAAGUUUGUUUAUUUAUCUUGCCUUUGAUGGAGAAAAAAAUGCCCAUCUAUCUUAAAUAGAAGUUGAAUGCAAAUUUACUUUUAACGUGAUUUUGAUCAAAAUAUUUAUAAAUCCACACUCCUAGGAAUGUGUUUUUAAAUGGACAAUAAAUGCGUCAAGCCAAAAGCAAAAAAAAUAAAAUAAAUAAAAUAUAAUUAAAAUUGCCUUUUGGGUGGAAAAAUGUUGGGUUUCUUGGAUUUUACUUUUUUGACGAGCACCUGAUUUUCAGCAUGAUUCAGCACAAAUAUGUUUUGUUUUUUUGUUUUUUUAAUUUUGUGUGUUUUAUUGAAUUUUAAUCUAAAUUUUUAUAUAACUUGUAUUACAGUUGUCUCUGCCUAAGAUCUCACCUCUUACGAUCCCAGUUCGCUUACAAUCCCACUGUUUUUUAAGAAAAUAGAAUUUUUGCUAUACAAAAGCCACCCCUAAGAUCCCGCUCUGAUUCACUCUGAAGUUCUACAUUUCAGAUAAUAAUUUACGGAACAAAAACUCAGACAGGCAUAGCCAAACAACUAAGAGUGAAAAUUUGAGAUCAUUGAACCGCCCGUCGCUUAAAAGAUCAACCACUCUCAUGAAUGGGAUCACAGGCAGUGUAAAACUCAAUGAAUCGGUACAAUGCUUGCCCUAAACGCGAUCAGACUGAGGUGUGAGCUGAUUGAUGACGCAUUUGUUUUUCCCACGUUGCACUUUACACUCGCAUCUGAGUUCUCUACCUAAACUUACAUCACUCGCUGGGUGGGUAGGGCCUACAAGUUAGUUCCAGGCGUGAUCACAUCGAACUGUGAACUCAUCCCUGACCAUUGCAGCAGAGUUUUCUCUACUCCCAAAUUUGCGAGACAGGCUGAAUUUUAACUGGUGUGGUCACAACGUAAUGGUGCAUAACGACAAAAGAGGGGGAAGUGGGUCAGAGAUGGAAAAAUGGGCAACUGGAUAAGCAUAGAUCAUGAGACUCACGAUAGGAUUUAAUAAGUGUAAAUGGCAUGCCUCAUGCCACUGUGUUUAGUCAUCAAGGUUGACCACUCUUCGCUUGAUUCAUGAACCCACCCACGGGUCACAUCAGUUCAUUUUAGAGUGGAUGGAGAACAUUUUACUGGUUGUGGGUUAAGCCUUACUCCCGAUCACCAGGGUAUUAGGCGGUGACUACUGUGUACUACAAACCUGCUAUGACAUGUAUCAUUGUACACUGCCUUCGUGUUAAUUAAAUCUUGUGAGAAGGCAAAUUCUUUAUUUGUCAGGUUCUUCUUGAUUUUUGUCCAUGCAGCACGCAUGAACUCAUCAAGCUUGACGAGGUUGGGUUUUUUUUCAUAUUGUUAUUUGAAAGUGAUUAUAAAGUUGUAUUUUAUUUUACUUCUACAUUAAAAUGUCUCUUUUGUGUAUAGUAUUGUCAUUUUUUUUAAUGGUCUUUUUGUAAUGGAAACUAGAAAGAUAGAUUCAUGGAUUUUGGUGGCUCAUUUACAGCAUUUGGGACAGUAAUUUAAGGCAAUGUGUCAGGUAUUGAGAAAUUUGCAUGGUCAUAUUGGACAGGUUUGAGGACUUUAGGGUUGAUAAUUGAUAAGAUAUAGCAAUCGUGGUUGCUUCGGGGAGCUGGUCAUCUGAGAUAGUGUCAUGCAUAAAGAAACACAAGGAUGAAACAAGGAAGUAGUCUUUUUGUACACAUAGUAAUCUUGGUCAAUGGUUGCUAGAAUAGGUUCACCUAGUAUAUAUAUAUAUAUAAUGUUGUUAAUUGCUGAAAUUUGUCUGCUUUGUUUGUAGUCCUUUUUUUUGGGGGGGGGGGGUGUUCUCGAAGUAGAAUUAUAUAUUUUUUUAUGCUGUUUCAAAUUGAAAUACAAUAAAUGUGCAAUAAUUUUGUCCCAAAUACCUUCUGUUUGUAAGAAUCAACUGUGAUUGUCUUUUUUGUGAACCCUUAAUUAUAACUCAUGAUAUCUGAAUUUUUUCAUGUGCACAAAAAAUCCAAAUUAAUGCAUUAAUUAAAAUUAUGCUGGUUUUACUUUUUCUCCUCUGUCUAAAAACCGUUGUCCUGUAUCAUCAUUUGAAAAGAAAAAAAAAGGUAAACUGUAUUUUUACCAGUAUUUUGUUUUUAAAUUGGUAUCCUCCCCUUCAGUUUUUGUAUCGUGAAAUGUUACCUGGUGAUAUAAAUCAGAAGCAUGUCCUUUGGGUGACUAAAAUGAUGCAAUCGGAAUGAACUGGCUUGCCAAAAAAAAAAUUUUUCAUUUGUAAAGUUGUGUGAGCCUUCUGUCACAGGGUAUACAAUGCUUUUUUUUUAAAAUAUAUAUUUAUAUAUAUAUAGGCCUAUAGCUUUAAGAAAACAUUUUUAGUGUACUUUUUAAGUCUUUUCUUUGAAAUGCACUCCUAAAUUUUUUCAAGGAUUUCAGCCAUCCCUAUGAUAUAGUUUAUUUUAUUUCUAAACUUGAAGGACACAUUCUGGAGUGUUGUUUGAUGGUGACAGGUUCUUUUCAUUCUUCUGAGAAUAUUUCUACUCACAUUUGUUUCCAUUUCGGGGACCAAGUGUCUCGUCCUAAAAUGAGCUUAGGUAAGGUGUUUUUGUUUUUGUUUUGUUUGGAGUGUUUUUUUAUUGUACAAGGAUCAGUAAAAAUAAAAAUACCUGAAGUCUAAA